AUGGUGUUCUGGAUCAGUAAUACCUGGGACAGCAUACAUGUGAAUCAUAAGCCGGUAAAGAUUCGGUUCUCACCAGGUGAGGAAGGUUUGAGAAUGGAAGUGUCUGCUGCUUUUUUCAACGACCCCCCUGCACCAGCCGGAACGCCUGGAGAGCCUUUCCCAGGUCUCUGGGACUAUGAGGUUGUGGAGUCCUUCUUCCUGAAUAGCAAUACUGAGCAGUAUCUGGAGGUGGAAGUCUGCCCACAUGGGCAACACCUUGUUCUGCUGCUGAAUGGCAAACAUAAUGCAUUUAUGCAACAGCUCCCCCUAUCCUUCCGUGCCAGUAUAAAGGGCAAGACAUGGAAAGGAGAAGCUCUUUUGCCAUGGAGGUAUUUCCCUCAGGGGAUUAAUAAGAUGAACUCCUAUGCUAUCCAUGGCUCUGGUGUGGGAAGGACCUACGAGGCUCUGUAUCCUGUUCCCAGAGAGGAUCUGCAGGAAGGACAGGGACCAGACUUUCAUCGCCUGGAGUACUUCCAGAACUUCACACUACAAAGCAUAAUGGGAAAAGACUGGGUCCAGCCAGAGUCUGACCUGUGGAAUUCUGUGAGCAAAUAAAUGACCAGCUGAAAGGAACAAAUUAAAUCAAACCGUUUGGACAAGUCUGUCUCAUAACCAGCUUUUUUGGGAUCUUAUUUAACACUGUAAUGACUUAAUUUGCUUCAAUGGCAAUUUUAAUGCACAACGUCCACUGCAGUCUUAUUAAAGUUAAUGAUGUGGCUUAUUUUAAUGUGGGUGUAAUGGCAAUAUAAUGGAUUUUAUUCAUGCAACUUAAUAAAGUGUAUCAGUAAUGCAGCACUAAUCUCAGCACUAAGCAUUAUGUCCAGCACCACAA